CACUUGGAACUCGUGUGAAAUAUUUUCUUUAAAUAACUAUCGUAUUUGUAAUUUUCAUUGUAUAAAACUUAACUUAUAAAGAAAAGAAAAUGAUAAACAGAAAAAAUAAUUUGUUUAGUAAUAUUUUGAAAUUGUUCAUAAUUUGUGUUUUUGUAUUUGUACUUAUUGAUUCUACAAUGACGGAAAAUGAAAAACAAAAUACUUACAUAGAACCAGAAGCAAACUUAACGAAGAUUUUGUGGGCCCAUGCUGUAAAUGACAAGAAGAAAUUAUCAGAUGCUUUAUCUAGUAAUGAUGUUGAUAUGUUAGAGGCCGAUGUUGUUUUGGGUGUGUUGAUUGAUAAUCCAAUAUCAAAACCCUUUCCUAUAAUGGGUCAUCCACCCAAUUUUAUAUCGGAUUUGUCAUUAGAAAAAUUUUUGCUGACAGUUUUUGAAUUUAAUCAAAAUCAAAAUGUUACCAAAGGCAUUAAACUUGACUUCAAAUCCAUUGAUGUAUUUGAACAAUCUUUAGAAAUAAUCAACAAGCUUUAUGAUAAAAUGGAGUAUCCUGUAUGGAUCAAUGCAGAUAUUCUAAGCGGUCCAAUUGAAAGUAAAGUGAAGCCAGUUGAUCCAGAUCGAUUCUUGUCUGGAGCAAAACAAUUUACCCGAAGCAUUUUAUCGAUUGGAUGGACAACAAAAUAUGGUCCAGAUAAUAGUAAUGGAACAUAUAGUGAAUCAAAUAUUAAAGAAAUGAUUAAUGUAAUUAAUGAUAAUAAUGUUACUCAAAGUAUUACAUUUCCAGUACGAGCAGGCUUAGCAGCACAAAGUUUUAAAGAAAUAUUGAAAUUGAUUGAAAAAAUUAAUGGUUCCACAUUAACCAUUUGGUCAAGUGAAAAUGAUCCCGUUAAUGUUGAAGAUUUAAGAAAAUUAAUAUUUGCGGUUGGUCUUGAUCGAACGUAUGUCGAUGUUCCUGAGGAUCUUAGGAAAGAAUUGCAUUUAGAUCAGCCACCCACGAGUUUAAGUUGAAAAUGUUUAUUUUUG